ACCAAUUGAAUUUGUCUAUUUCUCGGCGCAGCCUUCUUCUCUACUAACGUUGUGAAAAACCCUCCUCCACACUUAUCAAAUAGGCUAGUUUCUGAGUCGAAUUUAUCCAGACUUUUUAUUUGAUUACACAUCGGUCUGUAAUCACAAACCAGUAAAUCAUUCAUAGUAAGAAACGCCGUAUAUUGUUUCAUUUAAAUGUGGAUUAUAUAAAUAGAGCUCUUCACGAAGGAGGACGAGGGAUCGAGGGACGCCGCCAUAUUUGCUCUUGCUAGCUAGUGCACUACAAGAUACGGGCUUUGUUUCGAGUACCCUUCAAUUUAGUACCCUUGUAUUUGUUCAUGAUGGAUGCGAUGGAUAAAAGACCUUUUGGUGCAGAAUAUAACUAUAAAAUGUCGGAAAAUGACAUAUCCAGAUUGAUAAAAUUGCGUGCAACGAAUGACGCCAUCUUCACUGGGAAGAGAAACUCUGCCAUGCCUGCCUGGAGAGCAAUGCUAGUAGAGUUGGGUCUCGAAGGAAAGCUUACAACCGGGCAAUUGAAAAAGAAGUGGGAAAACCUUAAAAAGAAAUAUAAGGAUUUUAAGUACCCUCCUCUUGGCAUGGAGAAAGUCAAUCCAAUGUCCUGGCGUUGGUUUCACCUCAUGGACGAUGCCAUCGAGGGCCGCCUAGCUGGGUCUGCCCGUAUCCUAAACCCUUCGCUGUUUGAUUUUGGGGAAGUUGGGGACGUUUCAUUUGCGUCCUCUCCCACUACCUCUCCCAUAGCCAACAAGAGACUAUGUAUGAGGCCGGAGGGAGGUGAGGGAACAAACAUUUUUGAGUUCUGGGCCAAGGCACAGCUGGGGGAGAGUGUUGGUGCUGCGAGCACAGUAGCAGAUGGACAGGUGGCAUACACAGAUGCAGCUACAGAGGAGAUCCGGAGGGCAGCGGUGGAGUGCGAGAGGGCCCUGCGAGAGGAGGGCAGGGGUGCAGCUCAGAAUGAGAGGGCCGCGCCUGACAAGAUGCCAGUGGGUGUGUACGGGAGGACCAUGGCUGAGGAUGUAGAGACCAUAGCUGAAGACGGAAGAGCCAUGUUGGUGAGAAACCCUGGCAGGAACAUUGAGAGGGAGACUGCUGAACUAGAGAGGCAGAUAGCAGAUUUGGAGAAGGAGCGAGAAGUGUUAGAGAGGGAGCAGGCAGACUUUGACAGGGAGAGGUUGAUACUGGACAGAGAGAGGGAUGUGGUGAACAGAGAGAGGGUGGCUGUUGAACGAGGCAGAGCUUCACUAGACAAGGACAGAGCAGCGAUGGACAGGGAGCGAGCAGCAAUGGAACGGGAGCGAGCCAUACUGGACAGGGAUAGGGCGUCGAUCGAGAGAGAGAGGGCAGAGCUGCAGAAAGAAAAGGAAGCCCUAAUGAAAAGCAAGAUUUCCAGGAACAUCGUCUCCACUGAUGUGGAACUGGACUCAUCCACUGUAGAAAAAAGAGAGAAACUGCUUUCCAUAUUUGAGAGACUUGUUGAUAAGCUGUGAAAGAUGAACCAUAAGUAAAAGUUGAAUAGGUGAAGGAUGUACUGUAGGUGAGAGUGCACACAAGUCAUAAACAGGUUUCUAUGUCACCAGUCCCCUAUCAUUUUGUGAUCAUUUUAGGUUAACCUGCACACACAGGGAGUGCAAAGUCAUUCAAUUGGUGCUGGCUGUAAUGAGCAUUGAGUGCAUCUGUGUGAGGUUGCACACUGAAAGAGAAGCUGCUACAAUGUUUAUGUUGCGCUCAUUUCAUUUUUUUGCUUGCAGUGCGUAUGUAUAAAUAUCAGUCAAGUUUGGACACACCUACUCACUCAAGGGUUUUUCUUAUUUUUUUUUAUUUUCUACAUUGUAGAAUAUAGUGAAGACAUCAACACUGAAAUAACACAUGGAAUCAUGUAGUAACCAAAAAAGUGCUAAACAAAUCAAAAUAUAUUUUUGCUUCUUCAAAGUAGCCAGCCUUUGCCUUGAUGACAGCUUUGCACACUCUUGGCAUUCUCUCAACCAGCUUCACCUGGAAUGCUUUUCCAAUAGUCUUGAAGGAGUUCCCACAUAUGCUGAGCACUUGCUGGCUGCUUUUUCUUCACUCUGUGGUCCAACUCAUCCCAAACCAUCUCAAUUGGGUUGAGGUCGGGUGAUUGUGGAGUCCAGAUUAUCUGAUACAGCACUCUUCUUCUUGGUCAAAUAGCCCUUACUCAGCCUGAAUGUGUGUUAUGGUUCAUUGUCCUGUUGAAAAACAAAUUAUAGUCCCACUAAGCGCAAACUAUAUGGGAUGGCGUAUUGCUGCAGAAUGCUGUGGUAGCCAUGCUGGUUAGGUGUGCUUUGAAUUCUAAAUAAAUCACCGACAGUGUCACCAGCAAAGCACCAUCACACCACCUUUAUGCUUCACAGUGGGAACCACACAGGCAGCGAUCAUCCAUUCACCUACUCUGCGUCUCACAAAGACACAGUGGUUGGAACCGAAAAUCUCAAAUUUGGACUCCUCAGACCAGAGGACAAAUUUCCACCGGUCUAAUGUCCAUUGCUCGUGUUUCUUGGCCCAAGCAAGUCUCUUCUUCUUAUUGGUGUCCUUUUAGGGGUGGCUUUUUUUUCAGCAAUUUGACCAAGAAGGCCUGAUUCACGUAGUCUCCUAUGAACAGUUGAUGUUGAGAUGUCUUUUACUUGAACUCUGUGAAGCAUUUCUUUGGGCUGCAAUCUGCGGUGCAGUCAACUGCCGAUAUCUGAGGCUGGUAACGCGAACGUAUCCUCUGCAGCAGAGGUAACUCUGGAUCUUUCUUUCCUGUGGCGGUCCUCAUGAGAGCUAGUUUCAUCAUAGCGCUUGAUGGUUUUUGCGACUGCACUUGAAGAAACAUUCAAAGUUCUUGAAGUUUUCCACAUUGACUGACCAUGUCGUAAAGUAAUGAUGGACUGUGGUUUCUCUUUGCUUAUUUGAGCUGUUCUUGCCAUAAUAUGGACUUGGUCUUUUACCAACUAGGGCUAUCUUAUGUAUACCACCCCUACCUUGUCACAACAUACCCGAUUGGCUCAAAUGCAUUAAGAAGGAAAAAUUCCACAAAUUCACUUUUAACAUGGCACUCCUGUUUUAAUUUAAAUGCAUUCUAGGUGACUACCUCAUGAAGCUGGUUGAGAGAAUGCCAAGAGUGUGUAAAGCUGUCAUCAAGUCAAUGGGUGGCUACUUUGAAGAAUCUCAAAUAUGAAAUAUAUUUUGAUUUGUGUAACACUUUUUUUGGUAACAUGAUUUCAUAGUUUUGAUGUCUUCACUAUUAUUCUACAAUGUAGGAAAUAGUGAAAAUAAAAUAAAAAAUGGAAUGAG